AUGGCUGGAAGUUGGUGUUUGUUUCAGUUUCGGAAGCCAGUGUUGCUGGCAGAGCCCCUUGAUAAAUGUGCUGUAGCUGAUUAUGAGCAGAUCCAAUGUGGAAAACCUGGGAUCAGUGGUGCUGAGUGUGAAGCUAUCAACUGCUGCUUUAACGACAGCAGUGAUUUCUAUGGGAGGGCAGUGUCUGUCCAGUGUAUCAGAGAUGGUCAGGUUGUGGUAGUGGUGGCUAGAGAUGUUACUUUGCCUCGACUGAGCCUGGAUUCGGUUGCGUCUGCUGGGUGGGAAAUGAACCCACCUUGUGCCCCUGUGGAGUCCCACCUUUCCUUUGCAAUAUACCAGUUCCCUGUGACUUGCAUGCGACACAGCGAGAUGUGUGAUGAGGACAGCGGAUAUGUGGUGUAGGAAAACAGAAUGACCUCAUCGCGAUGGAAGUGGGGAUGGGAACCAUAUGGUUCCAUCACAAGGGACAGUCAUUUUUGA